AUGCCUGUGCAAUUCCCAAGAGAAAAUGGACAUGGUUUUAGAACUCCGAGAGAGAGGAAUAUGCCAUAUAUAGAAAUCAAUACAAAAACUGAUGAUAAUGUUACUCUGAGAGGAGGAUAUUCUGAUAGUGAGGGUCAUCCAGUUGAAGACGGUAUUAAAUUAGAUGCUAAGGCAAUAGUUGAAUUUGUGAAAUAAAAAGAAGAUAUUGACUAAGAUUAGGUUUAUUUAUUAGGAAGAUCUUUAGGAGGAGCUGUUGGAAUUUAUGCUGCUACUUUGUAUCCUAAAUAUUUUAGAGGACUUAUUUUUGAAAAUACCUUUACUUCAAUGGGAGCAAUGGUAGACCAUUUAUUCAAAUUCUUUGGAUUCUUUAAAUACCUUAUUCUUCGCAACAAAUGGAAUUCAAUUGAUCUUGUUUCAAGCAUAAAAGCCCCUAUUUUAUUCAUUACUGGAGACAAAGAUGAAUUAGUCCCAUAUCAAAUGACUUUAUAAUUGCAUGAUAACUCGAAAGAUAGUGUUCUCAAAAAAAUAUUUAUUGUUAAGGAUGGUACACACAAUGAUUCAUGGUAUGUCGGAGGAAAAUCUUACUUGGAAGAAUUAAAUGAUUUUUUGAAUGAAGCACAAGCUUUUGAUUACCACAAAUUGUGA